UGUCAAGCUAGCCUGAACAGAUACUUUCAGACAUCUAAUUUCUUCACUUCAUUCCUGAGGCAGGACUGCGCCCACCCCUUGUGUAAGCAAUUUAAACCUGAUAGGAGAUCAUCUGCGGCACAUCUUUCUCAACUUUAGACCAAGGAAGACCAUCCGUCUGUCUCUGCAGUGGCACACAUUACACUACACAAUGCUUUUACGGUGAGCUGUUCAUUUGGGUUGCGUCACUGCAAUGAGUUUUCAUCUGGGAGAAUAAAUAACCAAUUUGCUGCGAGCGUCAGCGCAGUCACAUUCACCCUGUGUUUAAUUUAUUUGCUUUUAAGCCGCAGACAAGUACCUGAACGAAUGCGUAUAACAAUACAAUUUUUAUAAUAUGAACUUUUUGCCAAGUGGAAUAUGUUUUUUUCUGUCCGUGGCAAUUUGCUGGUUCACAUCAAGGGUCGACGCAUCGUGGUGGUACAUGGGCACUCUUGGAUCUCAAGUGAUGUGCGACAACAUCCCUGGCUUAAUUAACAAACAACGUCAGUUGUGCCGCCAGCAUCCCAAAGUGAUGCAGGCUAUAGGCGCUGGGAUUAAGAACUGGAUUGGGGAAUGUCAACACCAGUUUAGAAACCACCGCUGGAAUUGCAAUACCAUGGCGCGCGAGCACAAUCUUUUUGGAAGGCUUUUGCAUCGAAGCAGUCGCGAGGCCGCCUUUGUCUAUGCUAUCUCCUCCGCAGGUAUGGUCCACACCCUGACCAGGGCGUGCAGUCAGGGCGAACUAGACUCCUGCUCCUGUGACCCUGGAAAAAAGGGCUCCUCUCAUGAUGCCAAGGGAUCUUUCGACUGGGGUGGGUGCAGUGAUCACGUCGACCAUGCUAUCAAGUUCUCUCAGGCCUUCAUCGACGCCAAAGAGAGGAAGGAGAGAGAUGCACGGGCUCUCAUGAACUUGCACAACAACCGUGCAGGGAGAAAGGCAGUGAAGCGCUUUAUGAACCUAGAAUGUAAAUGUCACGGCGUCAGCGGCUCGUGCAACGUACGUACCUGCUGGUCAGCCAUGGCUGACUUCAGACAGACCGGUGACUAUCUCCGCAAGAAGUACAGCAGUGCCAUCCAGGUGGUGAUGAACCAGUAUGGAACAGGCUUUACUAGUGCCUACAGAACCUUUAAGAGGCCUACCAAAAAUGACCUUGUCUACUUUGAAGAUUCGCCUGAUUACUGUAUAGGGGACCAUGAGGCGGGUUCUGUGGGCACAGAUGGGCGAGUAUGCAAUCGUACCUCCCGUGGGGCUGACAGCUGUGAGGUUAUGUGUUGUGGGCGGGGCUAUGACACAUCACGCGUAAGUCGCACCGUGAAGUGUGAGUGUAAGUUCCAUUGGUGUUGCGCUGUCCGCUGCAGAGACUGCCAUGAGGAGGUAGACGUGCAUACCUGCAAAUCCCAGUCCACCACAUGACCCGACCAUGCCCGCACUUCAGACCAACGUCAACAUGAAGCCUUACAUGACAAGUUAGGUAAAUGUAGACCAGGCGUUGCAGCAUGUCAUUAAACUGACCAACAAAUAAACAACUAUACAGUUUUAUAACACGGCUGAUUUUGAAGUCUUGAUUAGAUGUAUCAGGCAUCAUGUGUUUUAUCACCAUUACUUACUGUAUUAUUUUUUUCUACCAUAACACAAAUAUUUAUUACUGCUUUGUUGUAUAAGAAUGUUUAUCUUAAAUGUGUUUCACAUUUUAAAAUGUAAAUACAGACUCUAUGUAAUUUAAAAUAAAGUUUACAUGU